AUGGCCAGCAUCACCCAGCUGUUCGAUGACCUGUGCGAGGCGCUCCUGCCGCCCGCCAAGGCGCGCCCGGGCCAGCGCGCGCUGAGCCGGCCGAGGGCCAAGCGGGGCCUCAAGCGGGUGGCCUACGACGCGCUGUUCGCGCACCUGUUCCGGGACGAGGCGCCGCCGCCGGAGCCGCCGAAGCUCCCGGUGAGAAACAAGAUCCUCAUGCUGUCCUUCGACUUGAGGGUGGGCGGCCUGGGCCCCGAGGCCGACCGCCUGGAGGAGCUGGUGGACGGACUGGAGGCGGCCGCGAGCGGCCCGCUGCGGGAGGUGCGCGCCGCGCUGGACCUGCUGGUGCUGCUGGCCGGCAGCGGGCCGCCGCAGGGCCUGCCGCGGAGACGGGGCUACUUCCUGGGCGGCCCGCACGUGCGGAGGCGCGUGCCCUACGGCGGCUACGGCUGCUGCGACCUGCGCGCGGCCGAGGCGGACGUGUGGGCCCUGCUCGCCCGGGAGGAGAGCCUGUGCCACAGCAUGGUCCAGGAGACGCUGCAGGUGAUGGACGCCGCCCCGGGCACCGGCCUGCCCACCCUCGGGCUCUUCUCGGGGGACGCCUGUGGUGACAGAUUCGAGAGAGAGACCCGGGUGUCUCUCUUCGGCGCUCUGGUGCACAGCCACGCCUACGACAUGGACGUCCGCCUGGACCUGCCCCCAGUGCCGGACAGCGCCGACCUCUCCGGACUGGCCAUCAAGGUCCCUCCAAGCCUGGAUCAGUGGGAGGAUGAAGGGUUCCAGUCAGCGUCCAAUCUGACCCCCGAUUCCCAGUCGGAACCAAGCGUGACGCCGGAUGUGGACCUGUGGGAAGCUGCGCUCACCUACGAGAGCAGCAAGCGGAGGUGCUGGGAGCGAGUUGGAUGCCCUCCUGGCCACAGAGAGGAGCCCUACCUCACCGAGGCGGGCAGGGAUGCCUUUGACAAGUUCUGCAGGCUCCGCCAAGGGGACCUGCAGGUGCUGAGCGGGGGCCUCCUGCAGGCCCCGGUGCCCCUGCAGGUGGAGGAGCGCGAGCUGGUGAAGGACGUGCUCAACAUCCUGAUCGGCGUCGUGUCCGCCUCGUUCUCCCUCUGCCAGCUCACACAGGCCUUCGUGGUGAAGCGCGGCGUCCACGUGUCGGGAGCGUCCCCUGAGAGCGUCGGCAGCCUGCUCUCGGAGGUGGCCGAGUACGGCACCUGCUACAUGCGCCUGAGCCGAUUCUCGCUGCAGCCCGUCUCAGACUCUGCUUACAGCAAGGGCCUCGUGUUCCAGGCCUUCACCAGUGGCCUCAGGAGGUACCUGCAGUAUUACCGGGCCUGCGCCCUCUCCACCCCGCCCACCCUGAGCCUCCUCACCAUUGGCUUUCUUUUCAAGAAACUGGGCCGGCAGCUCAGGUACCUGGCUGAGCUCUGUGGCGUGGGCACCGCGCUCCCAGGGACCAGUGGAGGAGGACCCAAGGCUGCAUUUCCUACUGGCGUGAAGCUGCUGUCCUACCUCUACCAGGAGGCCCUGGACAACUGCAGCAACGAGCACUACCCGGUGCUGCUGUCCCUGCUGAAGACGAGCUGCGAGCCCUACACGCGGUUCAUCCAUGACUGGGUGUACAGCGGGGUCUUCAGAGACUUCUAUGGGGAGUUCAUGAUCCAGGUGAACCACGAGUACCUCGGCUUCAGAGACAAGUUUUACUGGACCCAUGGCUACGUGCUCAUCUCCAAAGAGGUGGAGGACUGCGUGCCCGUGUUCCUGCGGCACAUCGCCCACGACGUGUAUGUCUGUGGGAAGACCGUCAACCUGCUGAAGCUGUGCUGUCCGCGGCACUACCUCUGCUGGUCCAACAUCCCGGUCCCUCGCAUCUCGGUCAUCUUCUCCCUGGAGGAGCUGAAGGAAAUCGAGAGGGACUGUGCUGUCUAUGUGGGCCGGAUGGAGAGGGUGGCCCGCCACAGCUCCGUCAGCAAGGAGGAGAAG